AUGUCUAAUAUCACGAGUAGCAUCGGUUCGCUGACUGGAGGUUUGCCAACAGUCUCGCAAGACAUGGCGCCAACAAUAAUCUUCCUCGUUCUCUACAUCCUCACCACCGCCCUCUGUUUCUAUCGCCUGACCACACAAUACAGGAGGCCCACGCGACUCUUCUUCACCUUCGUCCGCUUCCCCCUCUUCGAGCUGGCUCGGAUCGCGACUUUCAUCAUGCGCGCUCUACUUGCCGAGAACUUCACCAAGGUGCUGAAAGGGCAGGCAUCGAUCAACAAGAACUUGAUCAUCGGAGAGCAGAUCCUCCUUGGAAUUGGUUUCCUCAUCCCAGCCUCCGUCUUGGUGAGGUUGGCGGGAUUUCAUGGUAGUCGAUUCGAGGGAGGAGAUAUACUGGGCGGUCGAAGGCGAGCAACCUGGUUUUUGGAGAUCAUGCUCAUUGUUGCGAUCGCUUUCGGUAUCAUCGCUGGCACGAACUUCUCUGGUGCCCUCACCGACCCAUCAAAAGCGAAAGACGUCAAACACGAUAGGGUUAUAUCAUCCGCCAUCACACUGGCAGUCCUUGUGAUACUUGUGUUCUAUUGCAUCUCCCUUGCCAGCCGCCCAAAUUUCCCCCGCGCCACAUCACUUUGGCUUGGUCUAACAUCGGCACUACUGAUUAUCGUACCCGCAUAUCGCAUUCAUAAUACCCUCAACCCGCCCGCAUCAGCGGACUCGGCAGCAAGCAAAGCCGAGUUCUACAUUCUUCAGAUUACAGUUGAAUGGCUUGUGGGAGCGUCGAUUCUGGCCGUGAAUGUUAAAGAGUGGUGUGGUAUUCAGGACACUUCCUAUCUCGAUCCUGCAGACGUCCAGACCCAAAAAGUGUAUUUGAUGCAGCCCGUAUGA